CAUCUUCCUCUCAUCGAUGAAGUCAAGAAGCUGCCAGCGUUCCCCACGGUACUAUGGCAGCUCGAGCCGCAUCAGAGUGGCCUGUUGCCCGUGGCUGCUGACCGGGGCGGGCCACUCAAGAUCAGCUGGGAAAUCCAUGGAGAUGGUCCUAUAAAAGUCGCUUUCAUCUGCGGCCUGGGAUUCUUCAAAUCCUCCUACCAACGCCAAACCAUGCACUUCGGCCACGUCCACGGGGACAAGUACUCAAUGCUGAUCCUCGACAAUCGGGGCAUGGGCCGCUCCGACUGCCCCCUUAUGCGCUACUCAACCUCCGAAAUGGCCCGCGACGCCAUCGAGCUCUUCGACCACGUUGGCUGGACGUCCCCGCGGCAAAUCAACCUCUGCGGCCUCAGCAUGGGCGGCAUGAUCUCUCAAGAAAUCGCCUGCCUCAUCCCAGACCGGCUGUGCACCCUCAACCUGUUCUGCACGGCCGCUGCCAUCGAAAACACCACCACCUUCACAGAAAACAUGAUGAACCGCAUCAUGAUGCUACUCCCCAAGUCGCUCGACCGCAGCGUCCAGUACGCGGCUAAGAAUAUUUACGCCCCGGGUUUCCCAGAACAACCCGAUAACUCGACCCUACCCGACUCGUCCACCCCGCGCGUCAAGCCCCCGCCCGGAGGGGGGGAGUAUCUCAUGUUCGCGACAAACUACGAGCGCUUCGCCGCGCUGGAGGCCUACAAGCAAGCCGACCCGGGGUUCACGAAGAAGGGCUUCCUGAUGCAGCUCGUGGCAGCGGGGUGGCACCACAAGAGCCCCGCGCAGCUGAAGGAGAUGGCGGAUAAGGUGGGGAGGGAAAGGAUUUUAGUUCUGCACGGCACGCAGGAUGGCAUGAUUUCGUUGCCGCAUGGGAAGAAAUUGAUUGAGUACAUCCAGCCGGCUGUCGGGCAUAUUGUCGAGGGGAUGGGACAUGCGCCGAUUAUUGAAAAGUCGGCAUGGUUGCAUGAGUUGCUGGAGGAGAGGUUUGCGGAGGGAGAGAAGUUGAAUGGGGGCGUGAGUGCAUGA